UUAGAACAUUUAUCGAACUUCCAACUUGUUUAUCUUUUCUCCAGCAGAAGAUAGGAAAAGUAAAAGCAUGUAUAUGUAUUAUUAAGGAUUGGACAAUGGAUUCCAAAUAUAUUAUGAAGUAACACAAGUAAGCAGUUGAUGUUUAUGUUUUGGGGAAACUGGACCAUAGAUGAAGAACAGUCUGUAGAUAAUCAAAGCUUGCUUUCUUCUGAAAUUAUAAAAACCGCAAAUAUUAGAAAAAGAUCCGAUGUACCCACUUAUUACUUAUACAAAACACAUUGGCGCAAUGAUGCCGAAAUACAGCGACAUUAUUGGACAUCAUCUUUUUUAUUGUCAUUUGGUUCAAUUUUUGUACUUGUUGUAGUAGUUAUAUUAAUGGUACUAUUUAAAAGAUGUCCACAUAUUGUUGCUGCAAUUGUUGCUGGAAUUCUUGGAAUUAUUCUUAUAUUUGUGACACUAGUAUCACUUAAUCAUACACCAAUGUAUUCUUGACAUAUUUUUGUCGCUUCAUAUUAUCAAAUAAAUUUUUUUUUGGUAGAGAUAAAGACUGAUGUAAAGAGAUAUUUAGAAAUUUCAUAUAAUAACAAUUGGAUCUGUUCUCUUUUUAAAAUGUAAUAAAAUAUUUGAAUCUAGAUAUUAUAUAAAAUUGAUUGUAAAUGUCAUGUAAAUGUCAUGUAUGCAAGAAAAAUUAAUUACUUACUGUUAAC